UGCGCUACAAUGGGGGACUCACGACUUCUUAUGCCGGGGGAUGACACAGGGGAGACGAAUGGGAUUAAUGGUUACAGCGAAAGUAAUGGAAACAGCCUUGAGGAUGAGCCUCUUCUUAGGAAAAAUCCCCGGCGUUUUGUCAUUUUUCCAAUCCAGUAUCCUGAUAUCUGGAAGAUGUAUAAGAAGGCACAAGCCUCAUUCUGGACUGCAGAGGAGGUGGAUUUAUCCAAAGACUUGGUGCACUGGGAGAAGCUGAAGGCAGAUGAGAAGUAUUUUAUUUCCCAUGUACUGGCAUUCUUUGCAGCCAGCGAUGGCAUAGUGAAUGAGAAUCUGGUGGAGAGAUUCAGCCAGGAGGUACAGAUCCCAGAAGCUCGCUGCUUUUACGGCUUCCAGAUUCUAAUUGAGAAUGUCCAUUCAGAGAUGUACAGUCUGCUUAUUGAAACCUACAUCAGAGAUCCCCACAGGAGAGAUUUCUUAUUUAAUGCCAUUGAAACAAUGCCCUGUGUUAGGAAGAAAGCAGAGUGGGCCUUGCACUGGAUAUCGGACAGGAAAGCUACAUUUGGAGAACGAGUGGUGGCAUUUGCUGCAGUAGAAGGUAUCUUCUUUUCUGGGUCUUUUGCUGCCAUUUUCUGGUUGAAGAAGAGAGGUCUGAUGCCUGGUCUCACCUUCUCCAAUGAGCUCAUCAGCCGAGAUGAGGGUCUGCACUGUGACUUUGCUUGUCUGAUGUUUCAAUAUUUGGUGAACAAACCAUCACAGCAAAGGGUCACUGAGAUCGUAGUCAGCGCUGUCAGGAUAGAACAGGAGUUUCUGUCAGAAGCUUUACCAGUAGAUCUCAUAGGGAUGAACUGCAAACUAAUGAAGACUUACAUUGAAUUUGUAGCAGACCGCCUGCUGGUUGAACUUGGCUUUUCAAAGGUAUUUCAAGCAGAAAACCCUUUUGAUUUCAUGGAGAACAUUUCUCUGGAAGGGAAAACCAACUUCUUUGAGAAGCGUGUGUCGGAAUACCAGCGUUUUGCAGUGAUGUCACAUUCGCAGGACAAUGUCUUCACUCUGGAUGCAGAUUUUUAA